AUCGUCCGUCGUGCUAGGCGCGCGAUCCAGUUCCCGAGACUCUCGAGUGCCGUGCGUGUGUGUGCUUUUAAGACGCUACUAGAGAUAAGAGAAUCGUACACAAUCAUCGUCGUCGUCGUCGUCGUACAAUCUUCUGCGCGAGUUCGAAAUUAAGUUCGAAGAACUUUUUUACAACGUCAAAACGUAUAAAAUCGCGGAGCGCGACGAUAGUUAGUGAUUAUUCAGCCAUGGCCGAGGCAGCAUCAGCAGCAUUAGCGCAGGCGGAGGUGAUAGCGGAAGCUCCGACAGCUCCGACCCCGGAGAUGACCAUCAUACACGAGAUGAAGCUGAGGGACCUGCAGGGCCUGCUGCGCCAUCGCUUCCGCAACGACGAGCUCGUCGUCGACAAUUACACGUACGAGUCGCUGCUGCCCAUCGGCGAGAACUACGGCAGCACGAUGUUGAAGGUGCACGCGGUGUAUCGCGAGCACGACGAGGACGACUCCGAGCAGAAGGAGCUCGAGCUCGUGGCCAAGAUGAUGCCCCCGACGGACUUUCAGCGCAGCGUCUUCGACAGCCCCUACACGUUUCGCAAGGAGGCCUUUCUCUAUCAGGGCCUCGUGCCGGCUUACAGACAGCUCGAGCGCGACUUCGGCGUGCCCGAGGCCGAGCUCUUCGACAUCGUGCCGGGCUUCUACGGCGUGAGGUACACCCUGGCCAAUGUCGAGGCCGACGACGGCGGCUUCGACGAGGACGCGGUCAUACUCAUGGAGAAUCUCAAGGUCGCGGGCUAUUACACCUGCGACAGAAAGAUCGGACUGGACUUGGAGCACGCGCGCGCCGCCAUCGAGAGGCUGGCGCGUUUCCACGCGCUCGGCAUGGCCAUGAAGCAGCACAGGCCCGAAAAAUUCGCCCUCAUCCGCGAGCGAUCCCAGACGCUGGCCUUCAAGGAGAACUCGGAGUUCGAGAAGACGACCGUCUACUUCAAGAAUCUGUUCAAGAUGGACCCGAUGCUGUCGGAGUACAGGGCGAGACUGGAGCGAGCCAUGGAUAUGGACCCGACGGUGGUCUGGUCGUCCCGGCCCACCGAGCCCUGGGCCACGAUCGUCCACAUGGACUUCUGGGUGAACAACAUCAUGUUCAGGCGCGACGAGGCGACGGGCCGCGUCGACGACGUGAAAUUCGUCGAUUUCCAGAACUACAUGUACAUGAGCCCGUUGAGAGAGCUGGCCUUCUUCGUCGGCACGAAUUUCCGGCUCGACGUCAUGCUGGAAAAAUUCGACGAGCUGAUCGACCGCUACUACGACAAGUUCAUCGGCACGCUGGAGAGGAUGAACUGCGACACGGAGCCGUUCGCGCGGGACAAGUUCGACGAGCGCAUGAAGGUGGACGCGUUCGAGGAGUUCACCCACUGUCCGUUCAUGCUGCAGAUAAUGACCAAGGACGUGGACCACGACGCCAAGGCCCAGGACAUCAAGCACAUGAUGAUGCAGCAGUCGCUCAACUCGACGUUCCUCGAGCGUCUGAGGCUGCUCGUCAAGACGUUCGCCGCCAAAGGUUGGCUGUGAGAUAAAGAGAGAGAAAGAGAGAGAUCGCUUAUUUUGUUUUUUUUUUUUUUUUUUUUAUGAAUGCUGUCGAGUGGGUUUUCCCGACUUUAUGAAUGGCGCAUUUGAAGAAAAAAAGAAGUGAAUUAUUUUUGUUAAACCGAUUGUAAGAUAGAAAUUGUAUAAUAGCAAAAGUAUAUAACGUGUAAAUAUUUUUAUUAAAGUAAGCUGCUGUACGAGAAAAUAUAUAACGUUAAGAUAUUAUUUUCUGAAAAUA